GAAGUUUUUCCAAUUCUAAUUCUGUGCUGUACGUUAUAUUCAUUCUGAUUUAUAAAUUGUUCCAGUGUUAUAUUAGCAAUCAGAGAGCAGAUACUUAUUUGCAACAGCUAAUAUCGUGGUUGCAUUUUUUUAAUGGGGAAGAUGGGACGGUCGAGGUUUGUUAUAUGCAAGCGGCCCCCAGCCAAGGGCAAGUUCAAACUUCAAGGAAGGUAGGAAUGAGGUAUUAAGGUUUCAAAGCACAGCACGGUUGCGACUGUGACAUCCAGAGAUGAUAGACGAUGACAGGAGGAUCAUGUUGACAAGUUCUUAUUCUGACUGCGACAGCAUCUCAACUCAGCGUUGGAAACCAAAUCCAGUCACUGCAUGCUUUCCGGCCGUCAUUUUGGAGUUAAGAGCUGGCCCCCAAGGCAGAAGUGGAAAGACAGACGGAUUCAGCCAGCAUCAGAAUCAAACAUCAUACGAUGUUGGCCCUUCACAAGAUGUCCAAGCUCGCGCCAGUGAACCGGAAACAGAAGUAGGAUUAGCAUUGCAUAUCAAAGUAAACAAGUGAUAGUCUGUCUGACCAGCUGAUUCGCUGCCGUCAUAUCAAAUAAACCUGAUAAUACGCAGUUUUAUUUUUAAUAGAAUAAUCAAAGGUAAACACAUCUAGACGAUACUGAUAUGUACUUGAGUUUCGAGGUAAGAAUUUAGUGAAUGGCCGCUCUAUUAAAGGAAACGAUAUCUCUCAUCGUGCAGCUGAUACGAGAAUAUAUCUCUAAAUAAAACAUUAAUGUUUUCCUGUUGCCCCCUACAAAAAUAUCAAUUUGUUGCAUCAGUGAUUUACAAAUCUUAAAAUCGAACAGCAUAAUAACAUUUUCUACUUCAUCUUUGUACACUGGAUAACAAACAUAUUAAUUGAAACAACUGAAAACAUAGGAGAAUUAAAAAAAGUCUGAAGGCAUCUGAAAACCCGAUUUCUUCAGGAACACAUAAUUUAAAAAUUGUUACUCAUGACUGCGAAGGGGAAGGCUGUGGAACAUAAACUUGCCAGUAGAGAUGGAGUUUGUUCGAAGCAGGAUGAUGUCGAUUUCAAAAAGCCUUCAGCCAAACGAAACUUUACCUGCAAGGCUCUGUGGGAAGACCCAACGUAUUUCCGAUGGAUCACUACUUUCAUCUGGGCUUCGGUCAGCGUUUUCAACUUUGGUAUUAUUGGAGACUUUAGCAUGUUCUUCAUCUAUAUCGAAGAGGAUCUUAAAGCUUCUGUGAUGGAAUUAAACUGGCUAGGUAGUCUUCCAUGGAUUCUCUUCAGUGUGUGUUCACCACUCACCGCACCCAUCGUCAAAGUCCUCGGCUAUCGCUACACCCUUGUCGGGUCUAACCUUGCCUGCGCCAUUGGGCUCUUUGCCACCAGCUUCCCGCACCAGAUAUGGCCAAUGUAUCUCACGUACAGUCUGGUGUUCGGCGGAAGCACGAUUAUCUAUUAUACUGCCGGAUGUAUCUAUGUCACAGGUUACUUUGACCGGAAGUCCUGUACCGGUCCUGUGUCUUCCAUGGGAUUUUUUUAUGAGAUAGCUGUUCUGGUAUUCAGUCCCGUCAUCCAGGUGACUGCCGAUGCAUGGGGGUGGCGCUGGUCGGUUCGCCUCCUCUCUUCAUGCACACUCGUCUGUUCUGGGCUUCUUGUUAUAUUCAUCAGGCAACCUCCGUUAGAUCUCUCGGGACGGAUUAGUAGUCCAGUCACCAAUGAUGACGACCAAGGAAAAGAGUCAAUUGAUGUCCAUGAACCAUGCUUAGCGACCACGAAAGACACCGAGGCCAAUGAUGUGGUGACGACGUCGCGAGAGAGAUACAUCAAGAUGAUAUCGAUGCCUUCUUUCUGGGUCUUCGAGUUGAGCAUAAUAUCAUCUUUUACAGCGCUGUCGUUCAGCAAUAUUAAUCUCGGCAGCUACCUCUUCUCUGUCGGCAUCUCUACUGGAGUUACUGCGAUUUUACACUCGUCUUUGGCAGGAGGGGGGGUAUUCGGGCGGUCCCUCGUUAUGUUUCUUUCCCAUAAACUACCCGUCCCCAUUUCAAGCAUCUUUCCAAUCAUCGCCAUCCUGAAUUGUUUCCUCUCCAUCCUCCUAUUAAUAACAUCCAGUUUACCGGUACUCUACAUCUAUUCCACAGCCGUGGGCUUUCUUCGUGCUCUAUAUUUCUCCCUGGCGACCGGACUUGCGGUGGAACUCUUUGGGAUCGAGAAUGCGGCUCAGGGGUAUGUGGGACUGUUCUUUGCUUACGGCAUAGCCGGAGUACUUGCUGCCGUGUUACCAGGUGUUACUCAUGGUCUUACUGGAUCUUAUACAGUCACGGUGAUUACUUGUGCAGUGUUCUGGGGUAUUUCUUUCCUUCUCUUUGCCGUUGUCUACCUCCUGUACCGCCGCCGACAAAAGAGGGCGUUAGAAGCUGUGAGAAUAUCAGCAAAAUCACAAUUACAUGUACACAGUGAUGAAAACUAUGCAACGAAGAGCCUAUAAAAGGUAACGUUGGAAGCAAUACAUACUUGGAGGCUAGGCAUGACAAUGGGGAAAAAUGCAAGAUUUUAAAAAGAUUUAAAAACAUAAAAAAGAGAAAUAUUGCUGAAGAUGUCGACUUGAAGGAGCUGAAGAAAACAAGUUUAAUGGAUGAUGUUUAUUUAGAGUACAGCACCGGGAAGUUUACUAAGGUCCGCAGUGUUUUCAAGUUGGUUAUUAUUCAUUGCAGAAAUAUGAGAGAAACAUCUUAUAGGUUUGUUGAAAAUCCAGCAAAGAAUAUAAAGCUUAAAGAUUUUCAUAGUUAUCACGUUUGACAACUUACACAUGGGAGCAGCUAUACCAAUAUAAUCAUAGCAUCCACGGUAUGAAUUCAAAAAAAAAAUCUAUCUUUCCUGUAUAUUGAUUUACGAAAGGAGAAUGUGAUUGCUGACAUAUUAAAUGAGCAGGUUGAAUCAUGAAUCAAUAGUAGUUGAUGGCGCUAACUUGGUAUUAUGGGGAUGGUACGAUGUAUUUAUUUAGAAAUAAAGCACAACCCUUAAGGACUGGGGGCGUCAUGAUGCCCCCCCCCCCCUUCAAUGCUUCGCGCGAUAUUUCCAAAACGCAAAAAGAUAGCGCUACAAAACUGUAUGACUUUUUUAUUUGAAGUCUCGCGCAACUUUUGAGACCAAAUUAGCGACAUACGGGUAUAUCAUCGCGACUGAUGCCACGUGACUUUUUACGAGACAAUGUCAUGCCGAAAAUGGCCGGCUUAUUUUUAUACUUUGUCUACAAAUUAGUGUACGUGGGCAGGGGCGGAAAUCUCUCCCAAAAGGUAUGGGGGACAAGGGGCUGAAAAAUUUGACGAAGC